AUGGAUACGACUGGGUUUGAGAACUUUUUGGCGCUACGAGGUAUACAGUGCAUUCCUAUAAGAGGACCAAAUCGUCGUCGUCGUCGUCGUUGGCAACAACCGGGUAACCAACCCAAUAGUCGCUCCCGAUCCCAAUCCAAUAGUCGCUCCCAGUCUCAGUCCAAUAGUCGCUCCCAGUCUCAGUCCAAUAGUCACUCCCAAUCUCAGUCCCAGUCCCGGACCGAUUGGAAUCAUGAUGCAAAUGAGUCCCGUCAAAACUCCUUUCAACUGUCAUAUGUUAAUCAGCUUAGAAAUGCUCCAUUUGCAGUGAGCAAUAUACGAAAUGAAAAUGAAGUGCAGGCGUCAGCCUUGGACUCGGAGUAUUUGAGUACUCGUGAUCGCGACUACUCAAAUAGUGAAGAAGAUGAUGUUGAUGAUGUCGAUGUCGAUGUUGAUGAUGACAAUACUGCCAGUAUUGACACUACCUUGUUUACUUAUUUUGCCCGAAUUUUCACUAGGCAACCACUUGAAAAUCCACAAGAUUUAUGGUGGAUACAGAGAGAUGAACUACUGGAAGAAGGCACUGGGUUUGAUGAUGAUGAGGAGGAAGAGGAGGAGGAGGAGGAGGAGGAGGAGGAGGAUGACUCUGAUCGGUUUUAUACAACGAGAAGAGAUAGUUUUAGGAAUAUACAACAUGGGGAAAGAGGGGAAGAUACGGUCUCCUCGCUGUUUGACAAGUCUUUACAAAAUGAUACCAAGUUGGGCAACAAAUUCCGAUUCAUCAAAGGCUCAUGCGAAGCAACAUUACAGAAUACCACUAUUGCCGAUAAUAACAAUUUCAUCUUUCCAAUUCAGCAGGAUACUUUUGUUAACGAAAGUUACGACAAUGCGGAGACUCCCGACCUGGCAAAGAUGAUGUUGAGAUCGCCUAGUGAAAAAUUCCAUAAUGGUUUGAAACUCGACUUGAUAGGCAGAAGCAAAUUUUGUGACUUUGUAGACGAUGCAAGAAAAUACAAAAAUAAUCUAACUUGCAUUAUAUCGAUGAAUUCAAGAGAAGUUUUGGUAAUUGCCGUUGGUUCAGAGUUGUAUUUUCAUGAUUUUGACCUUACUACAAACCUUCCACAACCUUUCCCGUGUUUGAAACUUGAAACAAGGCCAUCUUUUACGCCUAGCGUAGAUAGAUUGAUUUCAACUUGGCCAAGCAAUCCACAUACAAUAAACUAUAUGAAAAGCGGAGAAUUUAACGCAAGGCAAGUAAUGUGCGCAUGUGUUGACGAUGGGCUCCUUCUCAUUUGGAAUGUUGAGACUAUUUUUGAAUAUAUUGAAAAAUAUGACAAACGAAGGAAAGCAGACGUUUACCCAAAUUUUGCUGAAGUACGGGUACAACCUGAUUAUAAAGUUAAACUUAAGGCAUCGUUAUGGGGACUUGAUUUCCAAGAUAAUGUGAUUGUGACAUCGGACAAUUCACAAACUUUGGCUUUAUUAUAUUAUCACCAAGGUGAUGAAAGAUUCUACCAUGUUACUUCUCAUCGAAUACUACAUAAUAUCCCCGAUGUGUCAAUAAUACUGUAUUCUGAAGGAAAAAUUUACGUUUCGUGUGCAUCAAUCUCGGGUGAAUUGAUUAUUUUUGUUUUCAAAUUCCAAGUGAGUGAAGGGCCACUUGCCAAGGCUGACUAUGAGUAUUCUAAGGAACACCAAUUCUAUUAUACAGAUCCAAUUUUUGAAGUAAUAGAGUCUCGUGGUGGUGAAAUUGAAGAUUAUGGUUAUCCGAUUCUUCACCAACAAGAAAGCUAUAGAUUCAAAAGGAUAGCGUUUAGUGAUCCAACGAUUGUUUCUCGAUUGAUUAUGGCUGAAGACUGCUGGACAGUUAAUGUCAUUGACACAAAGUGGUUUCUACCUGUUGGAUCGUUAAAAAGUGUUUUUGGCGAUUCCAGUAUUGAUGAAGAGGCGGAGGUAAAGAGGAUAUUGAAAGAAAGUGCUGCGUUGGAGAAUAACUUAGAUAAGCAUGAUACUACUAGUCUUGGUCUUGCUGCUAGUUUUCAUUUUUUCAAAGCAAGCACUGUUGAAUUUGGAAAUGAGACAUUACUAGGGCAACCUACUAUGGAGUCAUACAAGUUGACCAAUCCUAAUGAUGAGUACAAAAGAAUACAAAGACAACUUUCAACGAGUGACGUAUCGGACAUUGAUAUUGAUAAAUAUCUUAUUGUAACAACAUCGAAAAAAAUUGCAUUGUUUCAAUGCCCAUCAUUAUAUUGUCCCUGUGCUACACAAAGAUUAUUUAAUGCGAAUCAACCGCAACAUGAAGAAAACAGACAUAGUAAUCGUUUGUCAAUAGCCAUGGCAAUACCGGAAUUAUCGUGUCUCGUAGCCAUAUCACAAUUAGGAUUCAUUACAAUAAUGAGAUUGUGCAAUUAUCGAGGCGUUUAUGGAAUGAGACAAGAACAUGUUUUCCCAAACGCACUGAAAUUGACAGUUGGCUAUGAUGAUGGUUCUGGGACAAUUAUUGGAUUGUGUGCUAGAAAGCAGAGAACGUCAGAAGAUGAUUCGAGUAAAACUGCUUGUUAUGACGAAGAUGCACGAAUAUCUUAUAUCUUGUAUGUCACUUAUGAAAAUGGGUAUAUUGGUGUAUACCGUCUUUGUGAGUAA